AAUCCACUGAAAGUUCAUACGUUUUAAAAAGAGUUUGACGAUAUAAAAGAUAAAGAUGUCUUCGCGCAGUUUUGCUCCUCAUUCCAGUCGUCAGGAGAACAUUAUGGGAAGACCGGAAAGCCAGCGCGCGCUCAAGUCCGGCCAAAGAGUUGUGCUCGGUGUUUUGACCGAGAAUGAUCAACAUAAUCGCGUAUUUGGACAGGUUGCGUCCAAACAUGACCAGACGCUUCAGGAGGUAUCUACGCGUGACGUAAGCACGUUCAGAGCGCCACUUGGUGAUCGUGUGAUUGAGACAGUCACUGUGCAGUCAGUCAAGUCAACGUCAUUCCUGCUCCCUUCAGAGCUGCUGGUACUCGACGAUGCUGUUCAAGAUCUUUGCUCAGGGUCAUGUAUGGAUUCAUCCAUGCAUUCACUGGCUGAUGAAGAAUCUGCUUCCUCUGAGGACGUCUUGUGUGUUCCUGAAUAUGCUGAGGACAUCCACAGAUACCUGCGUGAAUGCGAAGUUAAAUACAGACCAAAACCUGGCUAUAUGAGGAAGCAGCCUGACAUAACCAACUGCAUGAGGGUCAUCCUUGUGGACUGGCUGGUGGAAGUUGGUGAAGAAUACAAGCUGUGCUCGGAGACCCUGUAUCUGGCUGUCAAUUACCUGGACCGCUUUCUUUCGUGCAUGUCUGUCCUGAGAGGAAAACUGCAGCUUGUGGGGACGGCUGCAAUACUCCUGGCUGCCAAAUACGAGGAAGUGUAUCCUCCAGAGGUGGAUGAGUUUGUCUACAUCACGGAUGACACCUAUACUAAGAAACAGCUGCUUCGGAUGGAGCAGCACCUCCUCCGAGUGCUUGCGUUUGACAUGACCACUCCAACAAUCCACCAGUUUCUGAUGCAGUACACUUUGGAGGGGCAUGUCUGCGCCAGAACUCUAAACCUUGCUCUGUAUCUCUCAGAAUUGAGCUUGCUUGAGGUGGAUCCUUUUGUGCAAUAUCUGCCAUCCAAGACCGCUGCUGCAGCAUAUUGUCUGGCCAACUACACUCUAAAUGGGGUUUUGUGGCCUGAGAAUCUGUAUGCCUUUACUGGCUACUCUCUGGCUGUGAUUGGCCCAUGUUUGAAGGAGCUUCAUAAACUCCAUCUCGGGGCAGGAAGUCGCCCUCAACAGGCCAUUCAGGAGAAGUACAAGAGCUCGAAAUAUCAUGCAGUGUCCCAGUUGGAGCCUGUGGAGUCUCUGCCGCUGCCCUGACAUUAUGGUGACAAGUCUCCUUACGCCAACAAAUGAACUGCAGCGCUUGAGUCUUUUGUAAAUAUUGAGUGAAUUUGUUUUAAAUGUGGUUUUUAACUUUUUUUAAAAAUGUGAUUUUUAUCAUAGGGUGCACAAGAUUAUAAAGCGAUCCAAUAAAAUGGUGUGACUUCUCUUUGAAUCCAACAUGCUGUUGGUGUGAAGGCUGUAUGUUACCAUAUCAGUAAUUGGGUUUUGUACCACUACUUUUUUUGCUUGUCUUUUCGGAUGUACCAUGUAUUUUACCUGUAUAGCAUGUGCAAUAUCGUGUGCUCCA